UGAUAACAUCGAUGACUGAUAUAUUUAGUACCUAGAUACUCCUUUGUAUUAGUACUUGUUGAGUGGUGAGCCAAAAUGUUGUGUACAUAUUUUAUAUUAAUCUUAUUUGGCCUGUCACAAGCACAGGACUAUUCCGAGGAGCUUCAAAUCGUUGACUUGACCAAAUUAAAUGACACUCUAUCAACUAACCAUAGGAUUAUUGGAGGACAACCAGUUAAUAUAGAAAAAUAUCCAUAUACAGUGCAGGUUCUUCUAAACGGUGGUUUAACAUGUGGCGGUUCACUCCUGUCCACUUCACAUGUUCUCACUUCGGCACACUGCUUUUUUGCUCAAAAUGGUCAAAUGCUGAGACCUUCGCAGUUGAGUGUACGCUUAGGGUCCACAAUGCAAGGUUCAGGUGGAACAGUAGUGAGUGUAUCGAGAUUUAUAAUUCACGAAAAUUAUAAUAUACCAAUACGGAAUAACGACAUUGGAAUAUUGGUUCUGUCUCGUCGCGUGACGCUAAGCAAUCAAAUCUCUCUGGCAUUUAUUCCUCAGCAAGGGAAUAUGGUGCCAGAUAGAGCUCCUGUUACAUAUGUUGGAUGGGGACAGACUAAUGUAAAUGUGCCCGUCGGCUCAACAGUUCUCAAUGAAGUGCAUGUACAAAAUAUCAACCUGACGAUUUGCUCCAUAAGGUACAAUCAGCUGAGUCAAUUGACGGGGCAGACUUAUAUAGUCACCAACGACAUGCUUUGCGCAGGAAUCCUUGAUGUUGGACAAAAAGACGCGUGCCAGGGCGAUAGCGGAGGACCUGUAAUAUACAAUGGGGUUGUAGUGGGCAUAACAUCAUGGGGAUACAGCUGUGGGCACCCAAGUUACCCAGGAGUUAACUCCAGGGUCUCUAGCUAUACAACAUGGAUUACCCGAACGAUGAGAGGAUCAGCAAUAACCAGUGCCGGGUCAUUAAAAAUGAUCAUCGUAUUUAUGCUAUGUAGUAUAUUAUACAGUUAUUAGAGAUUUUACAAUUUCAUUUAGUAAGUAGUAAGUAAUUCCAAGAGCUCGCUUUAUUGCUCAACCAAUGACUUAAGUUUUUCUUAAAUUUCUAUCUCAGGAAAAGUAUAAAUAAAACACAAGUUUCGGAUAUCACACAUGAAUAUAAUUAACGAGUAAUGAUAUAGAUGUAGUAUGGUACAGAGUAAA